GAACAUUUUACAAACAUGUGGACAAUGUUGGAUUGUUGGAAAUGCUUCUCAUCUCACUCUGCACUAAACCUCCAAUCUCGAAUGCAGCUCAAGCAUCAUCAGGCGUGUAUUUUUGCACUGACUUGGACGGCAUAUGCAGGCACCUACUUGCUUAGAAAGCCCCUAGCUGUUGUGAAGACGGAUCUAUCCAAUGAGUUGUCUAUGACAAGGACUGAUCUGGGAUGGCUAGAUACUGCAAUGCUAUUUCCAUAUGCAGCUGUUCAGAUUGUGUUUGGAUCCAGUGCUGACAAGUACGGUGCUCGUAGGACACUAGCCGUCUGUCUCAUGACAUCAGCAAUGUCUAUGGCAUCUUUUGGUUUGUGGCACAGUUUCUACAUCUAUGCUGUCCUUCUGUUCAUCAACGGAGCCGCUCAGUCGCAGGCCUGGCCUAGUUGUGUCAAGGGUCUAGGGGCCUGGUAUACCACCCAGCACCGUAAUGCAAUCUUUGGCAUCUGGGGGACCUGUACGUUUGCCGGAGGAGUCCUAGGGACGGCCUUAGCAGUUCACCUCCAGACACGCUAUGGCUGGCGAGACACCUUCUUCAUACCAUCAUUCAUACUUGGUGGCAUAGGGUUAAUGGUUUUGAUGUUUCUUCAUUCUCCAUCAGACCUUCAAGUUGUAAUCCCAGGAAAAGAUUUGGAGUCUGCAGUCUCGGAGAAAUUGGACCCCGCGACACCUAGCUUCGUCAGUCUGUGGAAAUUACCGAUGUUGAAAGAGGUAGCAAUAUCUGUGUUUUGCAUCAAGAUUGUGCGGUACUGCAUGUUCAUGUGGCUACCAAUGUAUCUACAUCAGCAGUUGCAUUAUGGGAAGGCAGGGUCAGGAAUGCUCCCCACAAGCUUUGAGAUCGGAGGAGUACUAGGCAGCGCAUCACUGGGGUACUUGAUUCAAAGGUUCUUGAGAGGCCAGAUGCUGCUAGGCAGUGGCCUGGCCAUCUUAGCCUCUACUCUAAGCCUCGUCUGUUUCCUCCUGACUGCUUCCUGGGGAGCAGUCCCCAACUUCACCCUCAUGCUGAUAGCCGGGGCCUUCAACUGUGGCGUGGAUCCUAUUCUAAGCGGAUCAGUACCGUCAGAGCUCGGAGAGCUGGAUGGACGAAAGAUCCAAGCGUCCGUCUCGGGAUUUGUAAACGGUUUUGGGAGUCUGGGUACCGUCCUACAGGGGCCUAUUGUCGGAGCAAUCACGGAGUACUACGGCUGGUCGGGUAUGCUGUACCUGAUCAUCACCCUGUCUCUUCUAGGCUGUUUGGCAUCACUAAAGGGAUACCUUAUAGGCACCGGACUGAGAUUAAACGGUACUACACAGAAACUGCAAAUGGGUGUGUGACAGACCAUGACUGCGACAGAGGAAAUGUUUGAAAUAAAAUAAAAAAUACUGCGUGCAAAAUGUCAUUUCAAGUAUUAAACAAAAUCCCAUUUUGUCUUUCUUAUGAUGGAAGUUAGCAAUUAUUUUCUACAUGUUUGUAUGUUAAUCUAAAUGGCCAUAAUCUGAACUCACUCCAUGUAUAAUUGUUGUUGUGCAAUAAAUGUAUUCUACUUAUGACCAAAUAUUUAAACCAGCAUUUAAUUUUGUGGAUACAAACUCAAGAAUAAAUUUGUAAAUUCACACCAAAUUUUGAA